GUUGUUUCGCUGUGAAGACCACCCACUAUCCCACUCCGUGUGGUGUUGUUGACAACGGACUUCAUUCCCGCGAUCCAGGGUUUUUAUAAUAAAAAGCAACUGAGAGAGAACUUAGCAUCAAUUGGUGUCUGCAUCAGUGAGAAGAGAGGAGCAGAUGAGAAUACAUUAAUGUACAAUGGAGUUCUUCAUCCUUGUGUUACUGUUCAGCUUCUUGACAACCAAGGGAGCAGUGGCUCAAGAUAAUGAUGAUUGGGACGGCUUAGGAGGGGUGGAUGACGGUCUAUAUAAACUCACACCAUUGUCCAUCAUCGGAUUCCACACGGAACAAAGCUCUGACUACCAAGCUAUAUAUUCAUCCUCCAAAGCUGUGGACGGAAACGUAGUGGAUGGCCUCUCCAUCACAAAGAACGAUGAGCGUCCGUUCUGGACUGUUCGACUCGAGGAGGAACACUGUAUUGGAAAGGUCACUCUUUUCAAUCGUAGAGACUGUUGCAGUGAUCGUUUAGGGAAUGCUGUGGUCAGAGCUGGCGUCAGUCAAUUCUACAAUCUGAAUGAACGGUGCGGGGUACCUGUGGAACCCCACUUGACGAAAAAGUAUGGCGGUGUCAUUGAUGUUUACUGUGACCCGCCGUUGUUGGCGAGUGAGGUCAACGUUGUUCUACCGUACAGGCAAUACCUACAACUGCAUGAAGUUAAGCUUGAAGAGUAUCCUAUUGAACGUUGUCAACAACUAGAAAGGAAACUCUCCAUUCUGAACUCCCCGACCGAACAAAGCUCUGGAUACGAUGAUACCAAGUUCCCAGCGGAAAUGGCUGCCGAUGGUUUUAUUGGCAAGUUUAAAGGGCUAGGUUUUAGUGUCACCGGUAAGUCAAUCAUAUGA